GUGUGUGUGUGUGUGUGUGUGCGUGUGUGUGUUAACCAAAUACUAGAAACGCGUUUAUAAUAAAAAGAAAAGAAAAGGAAAGCAUAUACUAAAAGAAAAGAAAGGAAUUAGAUGAAGCAAGUCCUCGACACAGCAGUGCCUCGAAGACAGUGCCGAUGCGCAUUUCGGAGGUGGCACGCCGGUGCGCCCAGUGCCACGGCGAUUCCUUGGCAGUCCUCGGGGUGGGGCCAAGCGGAGCUGCGUCAGGCGAGGCAAGAAGGGCCAAGGUUGUUGCCAGGACCGGGAAAGGGGAGUCGGGGGAGUGAGAGGAAGAACCUCCAGGCAGAACCUUUUCCUGGUUUUACUGGUCAGACAUCGCAGACGCCAAGCAGCCAUGUAGAUCAGGUAAACACUAAAUCUCUAACCGCUCCGAGCACAAGUUCAUGAGCCAGGGCGCGGAUUUUCCAGUGGUAUUUUUUAGAUUAUUUUUUUUAUCUAUUUUCUCCAUUUUUUUCGAGUGUGAGAUUUUUUUUAAGGAGAAAGCGUGUUUAGGUGAACUUUGGUAAUUAGAUGUUUAGUGAUAAAUAGGUGGUAAAAGAAAGGGAGGAAGGAAGGAUGGGAAAAAAAAGGGUGAAUCACGGCACUCAACAUCAUGAUUUUUCUUUGUGUCGCGCCUCUUGUAAGCCUUCGCCAUCAGACUGCUAGCGCUCCGGCUGUCGCAUGUUUUCAAUUGAUGUGCAAUACGAAGAGCGAGGCAGCCCCCGCCCGACCUGUGAUGACAUGGCUGGGAAGUUGCAACAAGACCUGCCACUUUAAUGUGAUGAUGCUCUCGGAUGCUGUCAUGCCCUCAGGUGUUGCUCAGAUAUUGCAGGUGUACGGGACUCUCAUAUCAUUAUAUCAUGCUCAGAAUUAGAGUUUUGCAAAUUGGCGGUCUUGUAACUAGUUUGAGGUUUAUUUUUAGCAUGCACAGCAAUUGCAAGAAAGCUUGAUCAUGCGAACCAACGUGGAGAAGUCAUUUAUUUUCUUUUCGUAGUUGUUUCUCUCUGUCGUUCCGUUUUAGACGCGAAAUGGUAGAACGCCACGUAAUCGCCAGUCGUAACAUAUUCUCUUUUUGUAUCAGAACAUUGGUCCAUCUCAUCGUAAUUGGGUGUACAAA